AGCCUGGGACAGCUGAGAUUCAACGAAAGUCCACAACUUCAUUUCAAAUCUCCGUCUUCGUUUGUAAUACAAGAGGCAUGAAAGGCACACAUCACAUAUUUUGUUUGCUUCCCUUCUUUCAAGCCUAGACUAACACCACUCUAUUAACAGGGUGUUUUCUAAAAUAUAAAUCUUUACGGCUGCUAAAUAGGACAAUUAAACAAGUUUUAGUUACAAUAACCAGCACGGUACCAAACUCAAAUUACAAUACAACAAACAACACCAGAAUCUGCGUGGAGACUCACAUACUUAACAACCCUUUCUCCGAAUAGGCAGCACCCAAUCCAACUGACCACUGUGACUCUCCAUCUAUAAAAAUAACGUCAUGAAUUCAGAGAUGUUUCUGCUGUAUUUCAUGUUAGGCCUCGCAAGCCAGGGACUAACAUAUCCCCACGGUGGCCCUGAUUCGUCUUGUCAAACUAUGUUACCAACUGGCCACGGUGUCCCUCCUCAAUCAUCUCCGGCGCCAUAUAAACUAACCAUUCGAAAAUCCUCGUUUAAUCCAGGAGAAACUAUUCCAGUUGUAAUGAAAGCUGAUAAGGACUAUUUCACUGGAAUCUAUCUACAAAGCCAUCCUGUAGUUUGUACACCGAACCAAACUAUGCCCCUGGGGUUUUUCACAACAUUUACCAGAGAAUUCCAUACACGACAUUGUUUUGGCAUUGUACACUCCACGGUGACCCAAGCCAACAACAGAAAGAAAGUCCAAGAAACCGUUUAUUGGACAGCACCAGUUAAAGCAGUUGGUCAAAUCGUGUUCAAGGCAACAUUUGUGAAAAAUGUGACGACAUUUUGGACAGGAAUCAGCUCCAGAAUUUUAUCUGAUUUGGGACCUGUCACUCUUCCCGCUGAAUGUCUGAAGAAUACAGUUCAAAAGUCCAACAACCAUCACCGAAUCAAAGACCAAACUUCUUUAUCCAGUGAAAUUCGCCCAGUGUUUCGAAACCUAACAGCUUGUCUGAAGGGAGGUCAGCACGGAUUUAUACCAUUCCGCACCGGUUACGUCUUCGUAACUGGAAUCUGCAUCCUGUAUCAAAUCGCAGUAAUAUGAGUGAUUUUAAAAGAAUUCGAACCUAUGCUGAUAUUAAUGAAUUCUUCUUCAAACUAACGAGGAAUUAUUGAUUUCUUUGUUUUAAUAAAUGACA